AUGUCAAUACGUAUUGGAAAAGUUACGGGAAAGAAAAUUCCUAUUCGACAACCGUCACCAGAAAUACCUUCACCAGUGAAAGUUAUUAAAACAAAUAUUAUUGAUGAUAAUAUUGAAAAUAAAAUACCAAUUGAUAAUAUUGAAAUAAAACAUAAUCCAUUAUCAAUUAAUCUUAAUGAAAAUAAAAUUGAUAUUAAUCCGAUGACAAUUUUUUUAGCUAAUGGUCAACCAUUAUUAACAAAUUUUGAAGAAAAAUAUUUAAUCGAUAUUAUAUUAAAAACAUCAAAUAAAGAUAUUGAAACAAUUCUAGAAGAAAAAAUUCAUUUUAUUCUACAAAUGAAUUAUCCUACACAAUCAUCAUUAUUUAAAUUAAAUCUACAUUGGAUAUUUGAUUUUAUUCUUAAACAUUUUCAAACUUUAAUCAAUCAUAUAAAUUCUUCACAAUUAUUUGAAAAAUUAUUAAAUAAAAAUUUCGAUAGAAAUAAUUCAAUAAUCGCUUUUAAACAUUGGCAAUUAAAAACACUUGUUAAUGAACAUUCAAAACAACAAAAACAAUCGACUACUUCACAAAAACGUCGAAUGACUGUUCGACGUAUUGACUUUGAUUAG